GUUCCAUCGCAGCCGCACAAAAUAUGGCCGCACGUUAAUUACAAUUUAAGCAAAUUGCGAUAAAUUAAGUAAAUUAAUUAUUAAAGCAAAUAAAAGAGCAUAAAGCAAGUUGUGUGUAGAAAAUAUUAAACAAGUUCAACAAUUAAAUUUAAGUAUAAUUAGUUAAUAAUUUCGAUAAAGUGAAAGAGCCUCAACGGCCAGAGAGAAAAAAGUAAAAAAUUGUGAAAAUUUCAUUGCAAAAUCGCAAGAGAACGGCAAAAUCCAAGGUAAAAGAAAGGGCAGAAAUCAGUUCACGUAAAGAAAGUGCAAAAUCGUAAUCAAUAAAAGUGCAAAAUCAAUUGGCGAGGGGAAAAGUAUAUGCAGUGAAAUGAGUGAAAAUUUUUAGAAAAGCAUACAAAGCAAAACGGAUAAGCAGAAUCAUCCUCGACAACUUCUUCCAUACAAACAACAUAGAAGUAAAGUUUACCUCGUAUUCAGAAGGAACAACUAUUUAUUGGCGGGCUGGAGUAAACAGUUCAGCAAGAUUGUGCUACACCGACGCUUAUAACAUAUUAAAUAAACAACAAACAUAAAGUAACAACAACAACUAUUCAGCUCAGCAUCAAAUAGAUCCCAUACCAGCUGCAGUGUCGGCUGACUUCUUUUCUAGUUGAGUAGCGCUGUGUUUUGUAUUAGAAACGAUGACGCAGGCAAAGUUCAUACCUGGUCAGCUGGCAUCUUGUGAUGUUUGAUAUUCGUACUGAAAGCAGGAACGCAUCGUUGGCAAAAGAUUUAAACGUGUAUUUUUUUGUUUGUUUAUAAAGUAUCACAUAUCUAAAAAAAAUAAAAAUCAAUAAAAUGCAACAUCAUGCACAUGUCGCACGCACAGCGCCCCCACAUUUGCGUGCCCAUCACAUGGCGGUGCCACCACCGCAUACACAAACUCAAACACAAAUGCCGCCAAUGAAUUUGGCACAUGUGCCAGCCGCACCACCACAAACAGUAGCCAUUCAACAGCAAUUACCACAGCAGCAUAGUCAAACAAAACAGCAACAGCAUCUCAAUAAUGGCCCAGUUGCCGGGGGUGUUGGUGGUGCUGCUGGAUCCCCAGCGCUCACCACCGCGCCGUCACAUAUACGUGUAAAUCAACAACCACUGCAGCAACACCAGCAUCAACAUCAACAGCAACACCAACAUACGUCUAUGCAUUCUAAUACGCAGCUACAGAAGCUUCGUCAGCAGUAUCAGCAUAUAAAUACUAACAACAACAACAACAACAACAACAACAACAACAACAACAGUAAUAGUACAAACAAAAAUAACUAUCAUCACCAUCAACAACAGCAACCGCAACCAUAUAACAACAACGUCAGCAGCACACACGGCAAUGCAUUGCCAGUACAACAAACACAACAACAGCAACAACAACCAACACAAAAACAAACAACACAUGUGUCACAUCAUACAUCGCGACAGCAAUCAUCAUCGCAUCAGCAGCAACAGCAACAGCAACAAAAUCAUCUGCACCAUCAACAACAGUCACAGCCGCAGCAGCAUUCAGUGCAACAGUUGCAGCAACCGCACCAUCAACAUAAGCAUACAGUGACUCAAAUGCCACCGCAGCAGUCACAUGGGCAUACAAAGAACCAUCAUCAUCAACAACAACAAUCACAACAACAACAAUCACAACAACAACCACCACCACCCAUACAAACAACAGUGUCCAUUGCUAAAAAUGUUGUUGUUGGCGGACAUCCGCAGCAACAACAACAACCGCCACAGCCGUUGCCACCAACACAACAUUUGCAACAGCAACCACCUACAACUGUGACCUACUACACUGCCGGCAAUGUUCAAGCCAACAACAACAACAACAGCAGCAGCAAAAGCAACAAUAAUAACGUACCUAAGCCUAGAUAUAACAACAAUAACAACAACCAUAACCACCAUAACGUAGGUGGCGCUGGCAUGCCACCAAAAAUUAUUCUCCAAAAUCCACAUCGCGUACUGAAGGCUCGACAGCAAAACAAUGUGUCGUCAAAUAGUGAGGGGAACACUUCCGUAACAGCAACGGUGGGCAUAGGGGAAACUAAAAAGAUCGCCAAGAGUAGUACAAGCAGCGCUGGUGGCGGUAACAAUGCUGUGACGACUAGCACAGAAACGUCAGUAACUUCAAACAUUGCUGGCAACAUAAACCAAGAUCCUAAGGAAAAUUCUGUCGUUGCAGUGCAAACUGCGCAGGAUAUGAGUAAAAGUGUCCAUGCCAUAAAGCAAGUAGAUGUUUCGUCAAAAGAUGCUAAUAAGGAGAAUGUGACCAACGAAACACCAAAUUCAAAUAUUAUCGAUGAAGUGAGCAGCACGACAACAAGCAACAUAUUAUCCAAUGAGGACAGCACAGUGCCGAAAAACUCGAAAGAGAAGACACCAAUGUGUCUGGUCAAUGAGCUGGCACGUUACAAUAAAAUUACGCAUCAGUAUCGCUUGACCAACGAAAAGGGUCCAGCACAUUGUAAGCGUUUCACCGUCACUCUGAAAUUAGGUGAGGAGGAGUAUUCCGCUGACGGUUUUAAAAUUAAGAAAGCCCAACAUCUAGCCGCAGCUGAGGCUAUUGAAAAGACCAAAUACAAACAUCCAGUGCCGAAAAUGAUGCGUCGCAAUGCCGAUGGCAAUAGCCAGUCGUCGCGUGCAAAUAUCACGCCCACCGUCGAGUUAAACGCGCUCGCUAUGAAAUUGGGACAACAGACAUAUUAUUUACUAGACCCACGUCAAGCGACAUCGCCCGAGUCCAUGGGACCACCAACACCCGAUAUCAUGAUGCAAGCGCGAUUUAAUGUACCGCCCCCACCACCGCCACAUGCGCUUCCACCACACGGCAUGCCUGGUGGUGGUCAUUUGGUAGCCCAACAUCCACCACCUCAUGUACGUAUGAUGGAUGCGCCAGGAUUUGUGCGCCGAAAUGGUCCUUAUGCUGUGCCGCCACCACCACCGCCUAUGCAUGGUCAUCCGGCCGCCGGAUUGGGCAUGCGUCCGCGUUAUGGUGCGCCUGCGCAACGUGGAUAUUUGCCCAAAUAUAAUCAACAACAACGUUAUCCCUUAAUGCCGCCGCCGCCACCGCCGCCAUUGGGUGGUGUACUUCAUAAUGGUAUGAUCCCACCACCACCAAUGUCACAUCCGCAACACCAGCAUCAUGGACCGCUGCCGCUUCGUUAUGGCAUGCCAGCGGCGUUGACCAAAGUGACGCUAGUCGUGGGAAAGCAGAAAUUCGUAGGCUUGGGCCGUACAUUACAGCAAGCCAAACACGAUGCGGCAGCGCGUGCACUCCAAGUGUUGAAAGCACAAGCUACCACGCAGAUGAAUGAAGAUCUUAACAACAGUUUGGAAGAAAGUGAUAAUAAAUCGCCCAUUUCGUUAGUCCAUGAGAUAGGCAUACAACGUAGCAUGAUGGUACACUUUAAAGUGUUGCGCGAAGAAGGACCGGCACACAUGAAAAAGUUCGUAACUGCUUGUGUGGUGGGCUCAAUAGUCACCGAGGGCGAGGGUAACGGCAAGAAGACAUCGAAGAAGCGUGCCGCAGAAAAAAUGCUGGAAGAAUUAAAGAAACUGCCGCCUUUAACGCCCACAAAAUCGCCAAUUAAACGCAUCAAAGUGAAAACGCCAAGCAAAGCUACCGCUGCUGACGAGGCUACACCGAAUGGUGGUGCAAAAGCCAAUGAACGAGGCAAGCGCAGCAGUAGUUCCAUUAAAGAAAAGAAUGAAUCCGAUUCCGAUGUUAAUAAUCCCAUUACACGACUAAUACAACUUCAACAAAAUCGCAAGGAAAAAGAGCCUGUCUUCGAGAUGAUAGCGAAAAGCGGUAAUGAGAACUCACGUCGUCGUGAUUUCAUUAUCGAAGUAACAGCGAAUGGCAAGGUGGCGCGUGGAGCUGCAAACAGCAAGAAAUUAGCCAAACGAAAAGCAGCACAGAACUUGCUAUUGAUAUUGGGCGAGAAGGAUAACGAAGUUACUGAGUUGGCCACAACAACUGCACAAACAAAUACUCAGACUGUGAGUGGCGAGCCAACGCCGCUAGCCAGCACAACAGCGGGCAUAGAGAACACCAAUACAGUAUUGCCACCAUUUAGCGAAGUAGGCGAAACAGUGGCAGCCACAAUUCCCACGGCAACACCGGCCGAAACUCGCCUUGACGUGCCACUUGUAUCCACAACCGCUGGACAGGUACCGGGCAUUUUAAUUUUGCGCCAUAACAAGAAACAUGCCACGAAGAAAAAAGAAAGCAUGCUUAGUGCAAACACUCUACCGGUUGUUGAGGAAAUUGAAGUGCCACAAACUGAAGCAACUAUUGGAGCAACAACGCAGAACGUAUCAACAGCUCAGGUAUUGCAGAGCGCUUGUGUAAAUGUGGUGGAUAAGCAAGUUACAAUGUCAGGAAGCGUUAAACCACUCAGUGCCGAACCACUCAUGACGGUACCAAUGGCCAGUAGCAACGCGUCUAACGUCAUUAGUGGUAGCAAUAGCAAUGCUACAGCCACAAAUAAUUGUUCGGCGCCUAAACCAAAACCAGCUGGCGUCAAUAUGAAGGAUCAGCUGCUCUAUUUAGCAAAAUUGUUGGGUUUUGAGGUAAACUUCUCGGAUUUUCCCAAGGCCAACCACAGUGAAUACCUGACUAUCGUCACACUUUCCUCAAAUCCACCACAAAUUUGCCAUGGCAUGGGCACCAACGCUGAAGAAUCUCAAGAUGACGCUGCUAAAAAUGCAUUGAAACUGCUUAGUGAAUUAGGUUUAAAUAACGCAGCGAAAUAAAUCUAAAAAUUAGUGGAAGUUUAAAAGAAAAUGUUAUGUAUUAAAGACAAAAUCAAAUUCAAAUUGAAUAUUUUGGUAUGACCAAAAUCUAUAUAAAAUAUAGAAGAAAAAAACUUAAAUAAGCAGCAGUAACCAUUGUAUAGGUUGCUGUUCUAUGAGUAUUGCAAAAGAAAAUUAAUAACAAACAAAACAAAAAAUGUAGCUUAAUAGAAAAUUAAACAAAAAUGCAACUGUAACGUAUUUUUUAUUAAGACAAAAAUUGAAAAUCUAAACAAAAUGUGCAACAAAAGAAAACGAUUUAUGAAAUAUUUACACACGCUAACUAAAAUAAAAGUAUGAAUAAAGCUGCUACAGUAUAUUUAUUUCGCUAUUUUGUUAUUUUGCCUUCAUUUGUUUUAACGAGUUACCUUUGUAUAAUUUAUUUGCUUUAUAAAAUAACUUUUGUUAAUAAUAUUAAUUUUUUAGACACAUACGAUAGACGCAUAGAAGGUGCACAUAAUUCGUUUUCGUUAAAUUUAAGCGAAAGAAAGGCAGAACAGCAUAUAUGUAUCAAUUGCUGUAGAAAAUAUUUUUUUUUUUGCAACUUCUGUAUUAUUUUCAUUUUUUGUAAAUGUAAAGACUAAAAUUUGCAAAUUUUACUAAAGCAAUAUUAAGAACAAUUGUCAGUUUUUAUGCAGUUGCUCUUAGCAGCUUGCUUAAAACAUCUUCGAAAUUUGUUUGUAGCAUGCUUUUGACUUCGAAGCACUUCAGAUAUCGGCUUUUAAUUCAUCUCAUUGCGAUUUCCUGUAGUUUUGCCUUUCAAUAGUGUGUUUUCAAGGUUCCUUACUGUUUUCGUUCAUACCUUCCAUUUUUGCGUAUGUUAAUGUUAAAAAUGAUUUCUUAACGUU